UUGCGAUUUGCGAAUUAGUUUUUACUCUAUUCGGCCUUUUAGUACAUUCAGGAUGUCGUAAUUGGUCAAUUGACCAAUUCUUCUUAAUUCCCCCCAAAGGAUCAAGAAAAUUAUUUCCGAAAACGGGGCUUUUUACAGCCGCUUUUGAAGUGCAACACGAGCUUCCGAAUAUGCCGUGUCAUGACAUUGUGAAGCCGGGUGGGUUAUGUCCUGGAACAGAAUCUUUAGCAUCGCCAGCGAAGCGAAAAAACCAAACAGAAACGACAAAUCUUGAAGCACUGAUUUGCACCACAAGGAGUCCUGGAUCAAACAUGAGCAAGUUCAUCUUCAGAAUUAGAUAACCUGAACCCAACAGAGAUAUACAUAAAGAGUUGAACACUCAUUGCCACUUAACAACGUGUAUUGCAGAAACUCGUAUGCUCCAGCCCGAACUCCCUUUAAAUGCAAACAUCGACAAGUCCAUGCCUAGCACCUAGCCUCGACUCCUUUUCUGCUAAUAGUUAAAUACUUAACACCCUUGUAUGGCCUUACUCCUUCUCCCACACCACGGCUUUUCCUCAUAUCAAUAACCAAAGACUCCACCUUGAUACCACUGGCCAACCAUCCUUUGACGGAAAAGCUGACUGAUGCUGUGCUCGGCAUUAAAAUCUUGUUUUGUUCAAUUUUUCGUGCAUCGCUAUGUUCAUCUGGCUUGUCAACCUUCUCGGACUGUGCUGGUGUACUUUGGUACGCAUCUUCGUCAUAAUCAUACUUUCCAUCCAGUCUAAAACCAUUACCUUCAAAGUCCUCCUCAUCCGUAAGAGGCCCAGCAACUGUGCACCGAAGAUUGGCACCUCCCGCAACAGCUUCCUUCGCUGGAAUGUGCCAUUCUAAGUUGGUGCCUCCAGGGUUGUAGGUUGUAUCACCUCUGCUGGGCCGAAUCUCAGAGAGAUUUCUCACUCCAUCGGGUAACGGUAUAGAGACUACGAGAUCUUCCAAUGUGGGUGUCGAAGAGGUCCCAGCGUGCAUACCUAACCCGCCAAAUCCAGAUCCAGCGCGACCCCCAGCAUUGGAUCUCGAGGAUGACCCCGAAAUCGACGAGUUGCCUUGACCAGAAACCUUCGUAAUCAACAGUUUCACUUCAAAAUCAGAUCCUGUAGGUCCAAGGUUUGUCUUAAUCUCCACUUGAACUGGGAGCUUUAGACUGGAAGUGUUUGCAGAAAUACCCUGCCCGCUCUGGAACGGUAGCAAAUCGACUUCGUAGCCCGCCAAAACAAAACGACCAUCUGGUGGUACAAAGCUCAACUCUCCGGGCUUUUCUUUCCACCUUGCCAAUCUCACACAAGGGUGAAAUACAGGCAAUUCCAUCACACUGUUAAUAUUCUGCUUCCCAGAAGGCGUGGAGAGGUUCAGUAGUAAGUCGGGAACCCCAGAAAUCUUGGAGGUAAAUGCAAUAGUUCCAUUUGCAAAAGCUGCUAAGGGACGACCAGAAGGAGCGAGUGUUACUGAAAGCGUUUCGACUAUGUCUACGUAGAGUUCGUUGGAAGUAUGCCGUACAUUGGCUCUUCGCCAAGGUAGAGCUGGAGUGUUUGCUGCCAGUGCCGUCGCAGACGAUAUUCCUGACAUGUUUGAGCUCGAGGAGGUUGAAAACCCAGCUUUGCUAAUGACGGCAGGUCAGAGCACCCCAAUGAGCUUGGAAGUAUGACUAACCCUGGAAUGGUGAUUCCUCCCAACAACUUUCCAAUCCAACCUUCUACCUCUACCAGGUCCCUCAGAGCGUUUGGCUCCGUUGUACUCACUGCCCCUGAAUCGCACAUUUCGUUCAAAAGUUGGGCUAUGACAUCGUAGCUACUCUCCACCUUAUGUGCCAGUAAAGGCGAGCCCACGAAUUCCUCCAAGACAUCGAUAAUUCGGUGGAGGAAUUCAAGCGCAAGUAGCGGUUCGAUUUCGGAGGAGGACGUGAGGAGAAAUAGAAGGUUUGAAUGGAUCAGGCUGAAAACCAAGGUCGGAGGAGAAGUAUUUGGGAGGUAUAUCAGACUAGGUCGUGGUUGGGGAUGGUUGGAAUAGAGGGGCAGAAGCUGCUGCGCGCUGAGCGGCCGACCAGUGUAAACAUGCGAGAGAAUAGGUCGGCUAGAAUAUGGUUAGCUUCCGCAGUGUUCCAGCUCGAAAGACAGAGAAAGGGCGCAGCAGUACUUAUUCUCAUCGUAUACGUGUAGAGCCUCAAUGACCUCGCUCAUGGUCAAUACUGGAUUGUGCUUGGUGGCAUUGGCAAGUACUGUACUGUACCCAAGUUCAAGGCGUGGGGUCGAGGGAAGUGAGCUCCAAGAAAUGCACGGACAAUCUUUGUGGGAGCGGGAGCAGGAGCGGGAGCCUCGCAGCUUCUUCUCCAACCCACCACCAGUGGACCUACGAGUACGGAGUAACCCAAUUCCAACAUCACACCCACUCGAUAUUCCCAGCCGCAUAUCACCAUGGCCAACAACCCACCGGCAGAUAUUGAACCACUUGCGACUGCGCUGGCGAGAGACAGAGACGAUUGCAUGCCAUGUCGGAUAGUGGGUUAGACAUCUCAUGACCUUUACAAACACUUACCCAAACACUAACCAAAGUCUAGGAGCAUCCGCGUUCAUUGGACUCGGCGCAUAUAGCUGGUAUUCUGGCCAUACGCAACUGGAAAGACAACAAGCAAAGAUUCUGGCGAGCAAAAGCAUGUUUGGAAUGAAAAGUCGUCAGGCAGGAAUUACGACCAUUGCCUUGUCACUUGUAGGAUUGGGCCUGUUCCGAUUGGCCAAUUGA